AUGACCGUGAAGGAUACAACCGUACCAUAUACAUUAUUGAAUUCGAAUCAAAUCGAAGCAGAUACACGCAUGUUUCUGCAUUUGCAUGAUAUUUGUCAAGAACCA